AACCUGCAUCCGCUUUUUCUUUUCCUCUCCGCUCGAAGGUGCGCAACACCACGAGUGGGCGGAUUCCAUGACAACUGCCCCAAAAUCAAAGCAUGCGGAGCAGAAUUACAUCACAGGCUAAUGCCGGGCUGGGUCUGCCCACUCUGCAAGGUGUAAUCACAGGGUUCUCUCGUGGGAACUCCUUUGGAGAAACUUUUCCUGCGGAGAGGUUUUACGCAUCGAUCGCCCCGGGAUAUAAUGGAGGGGACCUACAGAUGACGCUUCUGUUUAUAACAGGGCAGAUACCCUCUGUGUAGAUCUGCUUUACUGCUUUCCCAGCGAAACAUUUGAAGCAGUUUGUAUGUGGAGAACAAUUCGUCCAGAAAUGCGGAGCUGGGAUUGCUUAAUGAUUUUUCUCCUUUCAUAUUUUAUUUUAUUGCCCUGUUUGCAGUGCGCUGGAUCGCGCAGAAAGCCACCUGGUAUUGAUCUGUUCGUUUUCGGAGAGUCCAACAGUUCAAUUCAGAAAGUUCUCACAACAGAUGGCAGGCAGUGCAAGUUUCCUUUUCGCCUUGGCGGGACAAUUUAUCACCAGUGUAUUCCUCUGAACUCUAAAUCUAAGACCUGGUGUUCUCUCACUCACAACUUCGACCGUGACCGUCAGUGGGGAGUGUGUAGUCCGCGCACACGCCUGUUUAAUAGUAAGACAUUUCUUUUGAUCUUUUUCUUGCAAUGAAAGCCUUCACGCCAACAGUGUUCUUUGCAGUCAGAGCUUUAGACUGCUCAGUCACGGCUAUGGUGUUAAGAAUGUCUUAACACGGCCGUGAUUAUACUUUCCGGUCGUGUCUAUCACAAGUGUUUUUCUUUCUGACGGAUAUGUUUAUGUUAAUGUGUAAAUGAGUCACGUGUUGUUUGAAAGACGCAGGCUUUUGUGUUUAUAACAUGUACAGAGGGGGUUUUCCAAAUGCGUCAGCUUUGCUUUAGAUGUACAGGCUAUGUAUAUGCUCACGGAAAAGGGUCUCUCACAUGCACGCAGUCAGAAGUAGCAUAAGCACAAUGCUAUAAAGGGGAAGUUUCACUUAGUAAUGUUGUAAAGCUUUGAAACAUAUUUAUUCAUUCCAUACUAAAUCUUCUGCAAUGCAAAGUUCUAUCUGCAUUUGUUCGCAGUAAAUAAAAACUGGAGAAACAGGUCAAAACAACAGAAAAGAUGCUCUGUAUUUUUUCAGACCUCAAAAGAAAACAAGUUCAAAUUCACUUUUAAGCAUAAAAUGUUCUUUCAGACUGCGAAUCUGAAACCCCAGCGAAGUUGUAAUGGUUGGAAUGGCCCCACCUUUUAACCAAAGCUUUCUAUCACGUUCGUGAAGCAAUCAUCGGUGAAAUGCGCUGCACAAACUUGAACACUUCGUUUUUUGUUGUCUCAUCUUUUGUCAUGGCAAUCAAAGAGGCUUUCUUUUCGCAAGGAAACACACAGCGUCUCCGCGACAUGGCUGCGGCGGUGACGAUACAAUUUGAUUUACAAGUACGUCCACCUUACUUAGUUUCCAUUUGGGCCGUUUUGUUCAAAUGCUACCACGAACUGACGUAGAUUUGUGGGGGUGUGGUUACACGAGGCGUUUCAGGCAGGUCUGGGUUUGCUUAUAACUUAUAACACACAGAAGACACAGUAAGACACAGAACAACACCUAUUCGCGCCAUAUGACCCCUUUAAGUCUGCUCAGAAUAGACACAGAAAUACUUAAGUCUCUCAAACUCAAACUUUCCGGAUCUGGAUCAAAAGCCAAUAUUAUUGAAGAUUUUAAUAUAAACAUGAAUGUUUCUCAUCAAAUACAAUAUACUCAAAUCUAGGUGACGUUCUUUUAUUCACUGCUCAAAUACCUCCUACACAUUAGUCACAGAUGACAGUGGUGCUUUGUCAUGCCAGAGGACAUUUCCUUAGUCAUUGUGUAAGUUCUACCAGAAAGACUCGGAGGCCAAAGUUGAGUAUACAACAUUUAUUUGACAGCUGAUAGACAGAAUAUAUAUGGAUAUAAUAAGAUGGUAACAGUUCUUUGGAGUAGGCCCUGUCCGUGGCUCGCAUCCAGAGGGCCAAGAAGUCCUCCACUUCCUGCCUUGAGAUGGUAAGGCGGGGGCGUAGCCAACCCCCUUGGGGUUAUAUUGACAGGGACCUCCUGGUGGUGGUGGGGAGGAUGGGGGGCGAAUCACGUAGCUCCGACUGCGGACAUAGGAAGGGGGAUCCGGGAAUCUGUCGAUCAAACCCGUGUUAUAAUGGUGGCGUGUGUGUCGCAGUUGAUCUGCAGUCAUUUGACUGUGUGUGUCCCGACGGCUUUAGUGGAGCCUUAUGUGACAACAAGAACUGCUACGAACCCCUGCAUCUGAAGUACUAUGAUAUAGGAGAAUCGUGGGGACGGAUCUACAUGAGGAACGUAGAGCUGUGCACGUGCCUCAGCGGGGGGAUCACCUGCGAGCGUACACGUUACACCGCAUGCUUGAGAAACAGCUGUGCCAAUGACGGAGUCUGUAGAAUGAUCGAGGCCACAAGUGAAGAGGUGUGUGGGUGCACAUCAGGAUACAUUGGACAGUACUGUAACAUCAACCCAAUAGAGCAGUGUUACCGUGAUUCAGGCGAACUGUACCGUGGCAUAGCCAACACUACAGUGUCUGGACUGUCGUGUCUACCGUGGAACUCUGACCUGCUGUUUGAUGAGCUGACAGUAGAUACAGUAGACAGCGCCCCCCUCAGGGGGUUAGGGGCACACUCUUUCUGCAGGAGCCCAGAUCGAGAUAAGCUGCCGUGGUGUUACACGAUGAGAGGCAGAUACAUUUCCUGGGAGUACUGCGAUGUCCCACGCUGCUCCAAACGACCAUCCACCCGGCGAGGACCAGUUGUUCCAAAUCCACCACGACCGUCCCGUUCCCCUUCUAGGACACCGGUGUGUGGCAAGAGACACGAGAAGCGGGUGAUUCAGGGUCGUAUCAUGGGCGGAACAUCUGCACUGCCUGGUGCUCACCCCUGGAUGGCAGCGUUGUACAUUGAAGAUGAGUUCUGUGCAGGCACGCUGGUUUCCUCCUGCUGGAUCGUAUCAGCCGCUCACUGCUUCCUGCGCAAGUAUGUUCCAUUAUUGUCCAAGAUUCGGGUUGUUCUCGGACAACAUUCUUUUAAUGACACGGGUCCCAAUACCAGACGGUUUGGAGUUGAGAAGUACAUUUUACACCCACGUUACACUCAGUACCAGCCCACCUUAAAUGACAUUGUGUUAGUGAAGCUGAAAAAGGCAAAUGGACGUUGUGCACAGAAAACACAGUUCAUCAGACCGAUCUGCGUGCCAGUGAAAGACAUGACGUUCCCGGAUAACACCUGCUGUAAAAUCUCUGGAUGGGGUCAUAUGCACGAAAAGGCAAACUCGUACUCUAACCUGAUGGAGGGAGUGGUGAAGGUCAUUCCCUUCGAGCGGUGUUCGUCUCCAGAGAUGUAUGGCUCAGAGAUCCGCCCUGGAAUGAUGUGUGCUGGAAGUGACUCUUGUGUGGAUGCCUGUCAGGGAGACUCUGGUGGUCCUCUAGCUUGCCAGUGUGAAGGAGUGAACUUCCUUUAUGGCAUCAUCAGUUGGGGAGAUGGAUGUGGCCGGACCGGAAAACCAGGCGUCUAUACUCUAGUGCCCAAAUAUUCUGACUGGAUAAACAGCAUCAUCAAAUCGUCCAAGAAAAAUAAACCUCAAAAUAGAUCAGCCAAUACAAUUGUUUGUAGUGGAAAUGACUGCUGAACCUGUAAACGACUGUGAAUGUAUUCUUUUAAGUGUUAGGUUAGACUUUUCAUUACGGUGGUCAUGUAACUGUGUGAGUACUUAAUGAUAUUAAUGAUUAUACUGAACUUUUUGUUAUUUUGUGGUGCUGCUGGCAAUUACAUGUUUUAAUGGCAUUUAUUGUAUUUAUGGUACAUGUAUGAUGUACACUGUAAUGUUAGUGUUAUAUAAUAUUUGUUUCAUAUAUAUUUUUAAAUUAAAUAGUUAUGAACUAGUGUUUGUACAGGCUAAGGUGCCUGACUUGACGGAUGAGAAAAUAGGUCAGUGUAUUGUUGUAUCACCCAAUGUGUAUGUCGUUACACUCUUUAUAAACUAUAUGAUUUACUUUUAAGCAUGUGUAAUAAUAUGAAAUUCAACCA